GCCGCCGAAGUGUGGCGUGUGAGCUUCAUGGGAGGCGUUGUAAUGCAAUAGGGUUAAUCAAGGGGUCAAGUGUUCAUUCGCUUUUUUGUUCUCGCGACACUUAUAGGGACUCGUGUAGGCUGACGUGAGCUCGAAGAUGUCUUGUCUUCCUGCCACAGCGUGUAUGUAUCGAAGGUGAUAAAGAAUCCAGGGUAUUUCGCCGUCGUCGCCGUCAGCCUAUUGAUCUGUCGAUGCCCACUUCAGGACUAAGAGGCAUCGAUGAGAGUGGUCGUGGAUAGGCUUGGACAUUCCCUUGGGGCCUGAGCGGACGUUGGCGGCAUGCUGCUCAACGGCGUCAUCGGCCGCGGGGUGUCCGGCGGCGGCGUGAUGGCGGGCGGCAAGACGUCUCUGCACGAGCACCGGGUCACGCUGCUCGUGUCCUUCGCGCUGCUCACCUACUUCCUGUGGAUGGACGUGGCGCUGUACCACCGCAUACAGAGCCUGCAGCUGGUCGGACCCUCGCCCACGCCGGCGCCCUCCAGCCUCUUCUCGCCCUUCACGGGCCUCUCGGUCAAGAUGAUGAUGCUCGACCAGGUCAACAACUACAUCCACGCGCCCCUCGCGAACCUCUUCGACCGGGUGACGCGGUUCACGGAGGUGUUCUACUUCAUCACGCCGAACAUGAUCAGCGUGGCGGGUGUGAUCAGCGCUCUGGCCGCUGCCAAGGUGGUGACGGCCGAGAGCCUGGCCAUGCAGCGGCUCGCCGUUCUCUUGAUGACGCUACGAACUUUCCUCGAUGCCUUCGAUGGACAGGUUGCCCGUUCCCGCAUGGGCAUCGUGCGGCUUAUGUCCGUGCGGCAGACGUCCGGCUACAUGGUGGACGGCGUGGCGGACACCAUCGGCUUCGCUGCCUUCCUGGCCGGCUGCUUCCUGCACUUGCGCCGCCGGCUGCUCUCGUCCAAGCACUACCUGCCCAUGGUGCAGCUCGAGGGCGUCGACAAGUCUCUGCCCAACGGUGGUUCGUCUUUCUCGGUGGUUCAGCAUCCGGCUAAGAAGAUAAUGGUUGUGGUGCUCUGUUUUGGCACUCAGAUGGCCAUCAGUUGCUUCUUCUGGGACCGCUACAUCAACGAAUAUCAUAUACUACUCGAGACGCCUGGCUCAAGGAAAGAGGCUGCUCAAACAGAGGUGCUUCGGUCUUCCAUGAUGUGGAUCAUUAUGUGGUUCUGGCGCAUCGCCAAUGCUCACGCGCUGAUGCAAAUGUUCCUCUUUGCAAUCUUCAUCAAUCGUAUGUGGGAGUUCCUGCUGUGGAUUCAAUAUGUUGGAUUUGCAGUGCUCGGGACUCUGGUGGUGUUCACCGAAUUUCAUUUAAGGACUGUCCAGAGCUACCUAUUAUGAAAAAGCAUGUGGGUGCAUGGAAGAGGAGAGGCAGUUCAAUAUGAAGGCCUACUCACCAUUCACUAGACGCGUUCCACAACACGUUUGCGAUAGGACAAGACUCGACGCAGUGGUCAUCGCCCCCACCCCCCUUUCUCUCGAACGCUUUUCACACCUUUCUUCAUUCUUUUUCUUCAGUGGUGCUUAUUUUUCUAUGCUGCAAGAAGCAGUGUUAGCUUGGUGUCGCUCUCGGACGCAUUGACUGCAAGCCCGAGCAUCGGGAGCGACAUUUCGACGACUCACCUUAAUGCGAAGCUCUGCUCCACCAUGUGGCACGGAACUUCUUCUUUCAUCGUUGUGUCUAAUCUUCUGUUCAUCUAACUCAAUGCCACUGUCUCACAUAAGCGAUCAUAGCAGGGGCGUUGGGACUAGUUCGCAUGAUAGUUGUCUCAUACUUUAUAACUUUGUAUCUCUGCUCUGUUCUGAACGCUGUUCUGCUCUGCUUUUCAGGUAGCGUAACAUUCCGACCACAUAACAUUCCAACUUUCCCGACUUUAUAGUUUGCACCCUAAAGCUACCGCGUUGACGUCUUUGCUCAUAUCUCUGGUACUUUAAAAGGAGAGGAAGAGGCUGAAACAAAAAAAAACUACAAGACUAAAAGCUCCUUUACCAGAACUGAGUGCUCCAACAUGAAGCAAUCUUAAACAAAGGGACGUCGUGAAUUUUAUGUUUUUGUUUACGCUGCAAACUUGCCUUUUUUUUUUUACCGCGAAUGCGCUAAUAUUGGGACCCUUGCUGUCGAGGUUCGUGUGGUGGUACUUCAGUUUACUAGCAGAGCGACCGCAAGCUCUGCAUUAGAGCAGGCCUUGUUUUCGCACUUAAACCCAGAACCGCCUCACGAUCCUCGUGGCACUGUUUCAGACAUAUUUUAACGACGCGACAACAUUCUUGUGCUUUAGUCCAUUGUUGGUUCAGUAUAGUAGCGGUGCUUAUGAUUUGUGCCUUAGGCAUGUAGGGCUUGAUAGUACCAGCCCCCCCCCCCCCCUGACAGUUGGGGGGGAGGAUACAUAUCUGAACCGGUGGUGUCGCUUAUAUCUGGGGAAACGUGCCGAAAACCCCGUGCCAAGGUUUCUCUGCAAAUGUUUUCACGUACCUGGUCCUGUUGCAGCCAUAAGGUACCCCUUAGGGUACCUAGCAAAUGUGCGAGGUAUGGUAAAGAGCUUUAAAAGUACUCGAGAAUCGAUGAGAGAUCAUAUUACUUUAGAUUCGUGUGGCAUGUCUCGCUUGGCGAGUCGAGCUACAGCAGCGGCUAAAAUUUAAGGGCUGCAGCGUCCCGCACAGCAUUGUAUCUGUCUCUUUACUUCUAGUCCAUUUGAACAGCGCAGUUUUUUGUCACCUAGUUAGUGGAAAAGGGAUGAACGUAGCACAGCCACAAUCUAACAAAUGCCUCGCAACACAAAGACUAUGCAGUUAUCGUAGAUAAGUGUUCAUUGUGAUAUUGUGUAAAUCGUCAUCAAAGUAGAAUGCUAUGUAUACAACGUGCGUAGAUACAAAGAAAUUUAUAUUUAUAGUUGUUAGGCCCCUUGAAUGAGGGCAUGUGUGACGAGCGUGCAGUUUAUGUGCAUCCCCUUUUUUUCAUAUGCGCUGUUUUUGCAUACGUGCACAGGUGAUGUUUUGAACAAACGUUGCCUUUUCCUUGACAAUGAACGUGUACUGUUGUAACCACAUGCAGCAAACUGACUGCUUCUUUUUUGAGUGAACGGAUCAAAGUAGGCUAGAGAAGUUAUUUGUAAGUAAAAGAGUAAAUGGACAUUUUGUAGUUAUUUAUAAAUAAAGAUUUAUUUUUCUAUUGCGAGUGCACACAGCACUACCAUUUUGUAACGUGCGGGGCACUUUUUUAAAGAAGCAAUCCAGAAAUUGAAGCGGUCAUUUAUUGUUCGCAGUUUGGUAUCGACAAUAAAUAGAGUGCACGACAGAAAAUGUGUAUCGCAAAUGUCAUUAAGGAAGAUAACCAUUUUGAAUGUACCGAUGACAAAAGGCAAUAGAUAAGGGUGUCUAUUCAGAAGGUGUUUUACGAUCUUAUUUAUAGCAGUUGACAAAAGUUUAAACAGUGGUCAAUAUAUAUUUGUAUAGGAUCAUUUGUUUUUGAUAGGCAGCGCAACUGCUUUUGCUGUAAAAAUGUAAAUACGUAGAUUUUUUACAUUUUGUCAACAGGACAUCGAAGUAGAAUCUUAUAAUUUUCUCUCCGUUGUUAGUGCAGCAUUGACAGAGACUGCUUAAAUUUAAUAUUGGUAGCCAUGUUUUCGACCUAUACAAAUCAAAGAAAUGUUGUGGCUUGCUCACUUGUCUUAUAGCAAGUAUGGCAAAGAGCAGCACCAUAAUGUUGUGUAUUCACUGUAUAAACAUGCUCUUGUCUAAAAGAUGUUUACUCAAAAGCCAUGAAGCACUGCACUUGCAACACGAGGACAUUAGAUAGGUAGCUGAUAAGAGCCCAUUUCUUGCACAUGCGUCGUCACUGACUUACGCAUCACCAAUGCAAUAUUGCAUUGUGCACUUCAUAACUCUAUGUCUGCAUAUUUGAAGCAAGUGGAAAUUACUGCCUCUUGCUAUUGGUUCUGUCUGUCUAGUUAUCUUUUCUGCAGAGUAGUGCAGCCAUCUCAUGACUGAAUUGACAAAUCAUUGUCAAUUAGCCAUUGACAUAUCAUGAGCUUCUUUUCAUGUGCUCCACGAGCUUUUUUUUUUUUUUAUGGAGAGCAUUUGUUUAGGGAUAUUUAAAAGCAAUCAAAUUAAGGCUAAAGAUGAGCUAAGAUGUGUAACAAAAUGCAACUGUAGUUUGUGUGGCCAAUGUUUUCUAUCAUUCUUGAUAAUUAUGUCAUUUUCAUCUUUUAUUGGGUACUUCGAUUCAUCCAAUGCCUGGAUCCAGAAUUUUUGGAACGCUGGCUCUCAAAACCACAUUUGGAAGGUCUUUCUACAAAAAUUACUGGCAUAAAGGAUUGAAAGCACAAGCAGAAAGUAUGUUAAAUUCGCUCACAAGGUUACUGCAAAGUAAAAAAUUAUGAUAAAUUGUGUUUUGACUUCAACAGUCUUUGGAUAGAAUCAUUGUCUUUGCUAUGUAAUUAAAAACAAAGUGUGAUCAGCUUUUCAACGCAAAAGUUUGGAAUUAAAGUUUGGUAUCACAUAUCGUGCAACAAGCAGCCUGCAUUGAUGGAAUUUAUUCAUGUAUUAAAGGUGCCUGUGAUUUUCUGA